AUGGCAGAGGGCCUUGCCUCUACUCUGGCCGAAUUAAGCCUGAACACACAGCGACUUAAUGGACCAGCCUUUGAUGCGCGGAUUGUCGAAGAAGAAAGAGGUUCAUAUAAGAACCGUGACCCGCGACAGAGCUCUCGCCAAGAUGCCACCGAUCUCAAGACAGAGCUAGAACGAGAUUUCCUUUCCCCAUCAUCCAAGUUUAGCCCCGAGUGGCUUAACCAUCUACAAAGGAGAUGGGAUGUCGCGACGGACUAUACCGAUCUUUUUGAGGUCGCAGGCACCCAAACGCGGACAGUUGUCCGUUUCGACCGAGAGGGAUUGGAGGGACGGGUUAUGGGUUACCAUGAGAUUACUGUUCCUGCCACCAGUGCUAAUGCGAAAAAUUCGACGUCACUUCUUCGGAGACCUGCCGGACGGGCGGAUUUUGUUCGAGGAGCAGCCGGUUUUUUCCCAUUCGCACCAGGAGGCUUGGAUGGCGUUGAAGCGAUUGCCGAGAUGGAAGCUGAGACGCAGACAGCAGGUCAAUCGAGGACCGGCGGUAAGCAGACUGGCCUUGAUCGGAUCAUUAAUUUUGGGUCCGAGGGUGGCCUAUUAGAAAUACCUCCUGGGUUCACCAGGGGGCACAAAUUUGAGCAGGCCAAGUCCAAGGAAUCUAUAGAAGGCGAUCAAGAGGUUGAAGACACUCUUCAACAAGAGGAAAAUGGCCUCCAUAUUGACCAGGACGAAGCAGCUUCAGACGUUGAAGGAGGUGUGAAAGUGGAGGAUGCUGGAGAGCUAAGCGGUGAAGAAGAAGAUAUUGAUGCUCUUCUCCCAGUUGAGUUUCCGGCUCUGGAACCACAUGUACCACUUUUUUCGGGUGGUCAGAAGAAGGGUGGCAAAGAAUGGGCCCAUGUCGUCGAUGUCAACAAAGAUAUUCCAAGUUUCAAUGAACUUGUCCCGGAUAUGGCCAGAGAGUGGCCAUUUGAAUUGGACACUUUCCAAAAAGAGGCUGUCUAUCAUCUCGAGGGAGGCGAUUCUGUAUUCGUCGCAGCGCAUACGUCAGCUGGAAAAACAGUUGUCGCCGAGUAUGCUAUUGCGCUGGCUGCCAAGCAUAUGACGAAAGCUAUCUACACAUCCCCCAUCAAGGCUCUGAGUAACCAGAAAUUCAGAGAUUUCCGAAACACCUUUGACGACGUUGGUAUCCUUACUGGCGAUGUUCAGAUCAACCCGGAGGCAAGUUGCCUUAUCAUGACCACGGAAAUCCUACGGAGUAUGCUCUAUCGCGGAGCAGAUCUGAUCAGAGAUGUUGAGUUUGUGAUUUUCGAUGAAGUGCAUUACGUUAACGAUCUUGAAAGAGGUGUUGUUUGGGAAGAAGUCAUCAUUAUGCUCCCAGAGCAUGUCACUUUAAUAUUACUGUCUGCAACCGUUCCUAACACGUAUGAAUUCGCAUCAUGGGUUGGCCGAACCAAGAAGAAGGAUAUCUAUGUUAUUUCUACGCCCAAAAGACCUGUCCCUCUCGAGCAUUAUCUCUGGGCUGGUAAAGGAAAGUAUAAGAUUGUCGAUUCCAAUAAAAGGUUCCUCGAAAGCGGUUGGAAAGAAGCAGAUAAUGUUAUUUCUGGAAGGGAUAAAAUUAAAGCUCAGAAGGCAGCAGAAGCACAGGCUCAAUCCCAAGCACAGAGAGGAGGGCCUCAGGGAAGAGGCCGUGGGCAGGCCCCGAGUAGGGGUGCCCCUCGCGGUAAUGCGCAGCGUGGAGGUGGUGCUCAGAGAGGUAGAGGACAGCCAGCUACCAGAGGCACUGGAAAUAUUGCUCGUACAGGACGUGGUGGAGGAAGGACUACAGCUGCACAGGACAAGACGAUUUGGGUGCAUCUCGUCCAACAUUUACGCAAGGAAAACCUGCUUCCGGGCUACUUCUGCACUGCCUCGGAGAAGAGUUUGGUGCACAUGUUUAUUGAGAAAUCACUUACCCGACUGAAGCCCGAAGAUCGAGGACUUCCACAAGUGCUUCGGCUUCGCGAGUUACUAAGCAGAGGUAUCGCGGUUCACCAUGGUGGUCUUCUGCCAAUUAUGAAAGAGAUCGUUGAGAUCUUGUUUGCGAAAUCAUUGGUAAAGGUUCUCUUCGCAACGGAGACAUUUGCCAUGGGACUCAACCUGCCUACUCGAACAGUAGUCUUCUCGGGCUUCCGUAAACACGAUGGCAAAAGUUUUAGAGAUCUGUUGCCCGGAGAGUACACUCAAAUGGCUGGGCGCGCUGGACGACGCGGUCUUGAUACGGUUGGCUAUGUGAUCAUCGUUAAUGCUGGCAGAGACGAAGCUCCCCCUGCUGGUGCUUUGCGGAGGAUGAUCCUUGGUGAUCCUACCAAGCUGCGAUCUCAAUUUAGACUCACAUACAACAUGAUCUUGAAUCUUUUGCGUGUGGAGGCUCUAAAGAUUGAAGAGAUGAUCAAACGGAGCUUCAGUGAGAACGCCACUCAAGCUUUGCUUCCAGAGCAUGAGAAACAGGUCCAGCUCUCCGAGGCUAGUCUAGAGAAAAUUAAACGAGAACCUUGCGAUAUUUGCGACAUCGACCUCGCUGCUUGCCACGAAGCAGCCGUCGAAUAUGAAAGGCUAACCAGUGAACUUCAUGUUGGACUGAUCUCCUCGCCUGUGGGUAAGCGACUUUUUGUGCCAAAGCGAUUAAUUGUAUACCGAAAGGAUGGAUACCGGACUGCUGGUGUCGUAGUUAAGGAGGGAGUGGGCGGCGGAUCUACACCAAAUAUACAGGUCCUUGAAAUUGGCAAAUUGGGUAGCAAGCGUCAUCCAAGCGAUAUUCUACCAUUCCUCCCAACAUUCCAUCAAUUGCUGCAACGGCUUCCGAGUCAUGCGGCAGACAUGACUCUGAAAGUGCAAAAGAUACCGUUAUCGGAUCUCGAGUGUGUUACCAACACGGUAGUGAAGCUUGGCGGCCCAAUAUGGUAUCUCAACAUCAAGAAAGAGGCGGCGAAGUUUGCGGAUAAAGAGCUAUCAAAAUUGUGUGCCUCGUGGUCGAGCCCAAUUUGGGACGAGAUGGAUUGGGCUCGGAUUAAGGAGUUACAAGUGAGAGACGUCUUGGAUAAAAGACGAGCCCAAGCAUCCGUCGUUCAGUCUUGCCGGUGUCUGCAAUGUCCGCAGUUCUUGAAGCAUUUCGAAAUGCAACAUGACGAGUGGCAAGUAAAGGAAAACAUCUCGCAGUUGAAACAGCUUAUGUCCGACCAAAACCUUCAACUUCUGCCCGACUACGAGCAACGCAUUCAGGUGUUGAGGGAAUUGGGUUUCGUGGAUGAGCAGUCUCGCGUACAGUUGAAAGGAAAGGUGGCAUGCGAGAUUCAUUCAGCUGACGAGCUUGUGCUCACGGAACUCAUCCUUGAAAAUGUGCUGGCCGAAUAUGAACCAGAGGAGAUCGUCGCACUCUUGUCCGCAUUUGUCUUCCAAGAAAAGACAGAAAAUGUGCCUACGUUGACGCCCCGUCUAGAAAAGGGCAAAGAGGCCAUUGUUCGGAUUUCGGACAAGGUGAAUGAUUUCCAGAUCCAAUACCAGGUUAUCCAGUCUAGCGAAGACAGCAAUGACUUUGCCAGUCAGCCACGGUUUGGUUUGGCGGAGGUGGUUUACGAAUGGGCUCGAGGGAUGUCGUUCAACCGCAUCACUGAUCUAACGGAUGUGAUGGAAGGCACAAUUGUGCGGACCAUUACUCGAUUGGACGAGACAUGUCGAGAAGUGAAGAAUGCAGCGAAAUUGGUGGGGGAUCCCACACUAUAUACCAAGAUGCAGCAGGCCCAGGAGUUGAUCAAGCGAGAUGUAAUCUUCGCGGCCUCUCUGUACAUGUAG